UGACGUCACGCUUCCAGCGCCGAGAGCUGGUCGCAGGCUUGUGACGUAACCAAGUCAUGGCGGAGAGGAAGAGAAGGGCGAGAAGUAGUAGCAGCAGCAGCAGUAGUAGCAGCUCUAGCGGCGGCUCCAGCAGCGGGGGCGAGGACCGGGUGCCGAAACGUGACGAAGCUGAGGAUGACGAGGCAGAGGGCUGGGUGGGGCCGAUGCCCGCUGAGGCCUCCCAGAGCAAGAAGAGGAAAGUUCUCGAAUUUGAACGAGUGUACUUGGACAAUCUCCCAAGUGCAUCAAUGUAUGAGCGUAGCUACAUGCACAGAGAUGUCAUUACUCACAUCGUGUGUACAAAGACAGACUUUAUAAUAACUGCCAGCCAUGAUGGGCAUGUUAAAUUCUGGAAGAAAGUGGAAGAAGGAAUUGAGUUUGUAAAGCAUUUCCGCAGCCAUCUAGGAGUGAUUGAAAGCAUUGCAGCUAGCACUGAGGGAGCCCUUUUGUGUUCGGUUGGAGAUGACCGAGCUAUGAAAGUCUUCGAUGUUGUGAACUUUGACAUGAUUAACAUGCUGAGUCUUGGCUAUCAUCCUGGUCAGUCAGAAUGGAUUUAUUGUCCUGGAGAUGCAAUUUCUGCUGUGGCUUGCUCUGAGAAGAGCACAGGAAAGAUUUUUGUGUAUGAUGGCCGAGGAGACCACAAGCCGUUACAUGUGUUUGAAAAGCUUCACUCCUCUCCUCUAACUGCAGUCCGGCUUAACCCAACGUACAAAGUAGUUGUCUCCUCGGAUAAAUGUGGGAUGAUUGAAUACUGGACUGGUCCUCCAAGAGGAUACAAGUUUCCCAACAAUGUCAAUUGGGAGUUCAAGACUGACACUGAUCUUUAUGAGUUUGCUAAAUGCAAGGCAUAUCUUGCAAGGAUAAGUUUUUCGCCAGAUGGCAAAAAGAUGGCCACUGUUGGAUCUGAUCGAAAAGUUCGGAUAUUCAGGUUUUUGACUGGCAAACUUAUGCGGGUGUUUGAUGAAUCUUUAAGCAUGUUUACUGAGCUGCAGCAGAUGAGACAGCAGCUCCCAGACAUGGAGUUUGGGCGACGCAUGGCUGUGGAACGGGAAUUGGAAAAAGUGGAUGCAAUAAAGCUUAUGAAUAUUAUUUUUGACGAGACCGGACACUUUGUAUUAUAUGGCACAAUGCUUGGAAUCAAAGUCAUCAAUGUUGAAACCAACAGGUGUGUUCGUAUUCUUGGCAAGCAGGAAAACAUCAGGGUGAUGCAGCUUGCCCUGUUCCAAGGAGUGGCUAAGAAGCAUCGUGCCGCUACGACAGUAGAGAUGAAAGCAUCGGAUAAUCCUGUACUCAUGAGCAUCCAGGCUGAUCCUACAAUUGUUUGCACGGCCUUCAAAAAGAAUCGUUUUUACAUGUUUACCAAAAGAGAACCAGAAGACACAAAAAGUGCAGAAUCUGAUCGAGAUGUAUUCAAUGAAAAACCAUCCAAGGAAGAAGUAAUGGCUGCCACACAAGCAGAUGGACCUAAACGCGUCUCUGAUAGCGCUAUUAUCCACACAUCCAUGGGAGACAUUCAUGUCAAGCUAUUUCCUGUGGAGUGUCCCAAGACAGUGGAGAAUUUCUGUGUCCACAGCCGCAAUGGUUAUUACAAUAGCCAUGUCUUUCACCGCAUCAUUAAGGGUUUCAUGAUUCAAACUGGUGAUCCAACCGGAACUGGAAUGGGUGGAGAAAGUAUAUGGGGAGGUGAAUUUGAAGACGAGUUCCAUUCGACAUUGCGACAUGACCGACCCUAUACCCUAAGCAUGGCCAAUGCUGGGGCAAACACCAAUGGCUCCCAAUUCUUUUUAACAGUUGUGCCAACACCUUGGCUUGACAACAAACACACUGUAUUUGGGCGAGUUACUAAAGGAAUGGAAGUGGUCCAAAGAAUCUCAAACAUCAAGGUUAACCCGAAGACGGAUAAGCCUUAUGAAGACAUCACGAUAAUUAGUAUAACUGUUAAAUAAGUUUGUUUUUAAUUAUAUGAAGUAUGUACAUAUUUUUUUUUCUUUUUCUACUGCUCUUGGGAAUGAAUGGAAAUAUUGAAUUGGUCUUGAAAUAGUGAAAGAAAAUGUCCUUAAUAAAUUUUAAAUGUGACUUUU